AGUUGACACUAUCAUGAAAAAGUGGGCUAAUCUGCGUGAUUCAUUCAUGCAGUACAAAAGGCAGUACGAUCUUGGAAGAGCUAGUGGUGCUGCUGCCACUGACGAUCCGAAUUGGAAAUGGUGGCGACAAUUUGAUUGGUAUUUGGAUUUUAACAAAAAAAGAAGCACGUCAUCUAGUCUACAUAUACGAACAAAUGCGCCUUCUCCAGUCAAUAAUUUGGAUGUAUUAAAUACUCCAACAACCUAUUCUGCGAUUACAUCAGCUCAGUCAUCAAACGAACCAUCUAGAUCAUCAUCUCUUGUAAACUCACCCAGUUCACCCUCACGCAUACCUUCACCAUCACCAUCGAUAACAACACCAACUUUAACAGCUCCAACACUUGAACGAAAAACCAAGAAAGCAUGCAAAAGAAAAAGCUACAUGGAUUAUGAUGAGAUGCUUAAGUCCAUCGACCGCAAUUGAAUCAUGAUGAAGAUGAUGCCCAUUUUUUCUGUAUGGGGAUUGCAAACCGAUUAAGGAAGCUAUCCCACUAUCAAAUAAACCUUGUCAAGAGAGAAAUUGAAGCUGCAGUGUUCAAAGCUGAGUAUUUUACAACUAGAGAACCAAGCUACCCUAAUUCUUUUUCAUCGCAAUCAACUUCUCUUCACGUUUUGGAACUUUCAAGCUCUGCAUUGGAUUGCUUUGCCAGAAUCCAUUGCACGGAUGACCAUCCGGAGCUAUGGAAUCUGCAAAUCCUGGAGGUGUAUAAGAUGGAUCACCAACAGUUGGUAACAUGUGCAAAACGCAUAUUGCUUUAACUAACAAUGCUGCUUUUUCUGGUUCAGCAAUUAUUGUUCUGACCAAUAACCGCCAUCGCUGAGCAAGGUUACCUAAAAUUUAU